AUGGUGGCAGCGGCGCAUUCGCAGCAACACGAUAUGAUGGCGACGAACCUGUCGACGAGUUUGCCUACCAGUCUGUCGUCAAAUCUGCAAGCGGUGAUGCAAGCUAGCCAGCACCACAACAACAAUAACACGAGCAGCAACGCGAGUGGCGGCCUCGGCAGCAGCAAUAGUGCCGGCAACAACAACGGCAAUUCGCCAUUGAAUCUCGGCCUGGCGAGCCCGGGCUCAGGUGGACCGCCCGAGAGUCCGUUGGAAAGUCCCUUGGCGAGCCCGUUAGGUCCGCUGAUGGAUCCAGCGGGCCACAUACCUAGUAGUGUAGAAGUCGGCAUCGGCGUGAGCGGCAUGACGUACAAGCCAGCACGGAGCUUCGUCAGUCCACGCCCGGAGAAUCUCUUCCAGGAGGACAUCGUUGAAGCUUGA